GUCACCAAAUUGACAAGAAGUAAAUGCCCAGUUCAUCAAUGAAGUCCAGAAAUGGGGAGCAUAAAUGCACCUUGGGCCAGUUCGACGAUAUUCUACCGGCCCACCCGGGUGAGAGAUGGCACAAGACGAUUUUGAGGAAGCUGAAGCUGGCGAUGGUGAUGCACGGGAACCAUAAGUUUGCAGUGCAGUACUUUAGGACGAAGGCGAACGUGCGAAAGGAGCAGAAACUGCACGCCAGAGGUCGAUUUUGGUUCGUCAUUCACCCGUUUAGUAAACUUCACUGUUUCGUGCAGAUCCUUUUUUCGGCUGUGCUCCUGGAAAGGUGGUUUAGUAUGUCUGACUAUGAAACUUAUUUUUGGAUCAACGUGUGGGAGGUUGUGAGAGAAGGCAUUUGGUUUCUGUUAAUGUUGUCGUUUGCUUUUACUGGUUACACGAAGCCCAAAACUCAGGAGAUUAUUAUGCAUCCCAAGAGUACUUUUUUCCACUAUUUUUGUACAUACUUUAUUGUAGAUUUAUGUUUUUUAGUAGAAUUGUUGUUACACGAAUGUCUACCCAUGCUACUCCCUCUACUUGAUCUGUCGAGUUAUUUAUUUGUUUGUGAAUGUAUUCUUCUUAUGUACAUUAUUUGCUUUAUAAUUAGACUGAUCAGCGUAUUUGAUUUCAUGGAUAACUUCGCCUCGUUCACUAAAAUAAACGAUUUUUACCUAUUUUUAUUCAAACGUAUACUCUUAUUCAUCUGUAUGUUACAUUUCUUCGCCGUUUUGUUCUUUCACAUACCCUUUACUUACUAUUACCACUGGUGUGGUGGAGAUAUCCCCGAGACAAGUUGGAUAGCAAUCCGCAAAGUAAACGACUUCAACUUAAGCGGGUACAUAGAAUCUCUACUAAUCGUCACCUCUUACUUUCUCUGCACGAAUUACUGCGAUAUUAUAACCGAAAUAUGCGAGCAAAUCCUCUUGAUCAUCUUCUCGUUGACCGGCAAAGUGUACGUCAUUGUCUUCAUCGCCCAGAUCCUCGUGAAAUUCAUCGUAAAUAAAAACGAGAGUACGUAUGAAAACCUGCACAUGCAACUGGUCAACUACAUGGAGUCGACGAAGGUGCCGCCCAAGAUCAGAAAGCAGGUACUCGACCGCUUCAUAUUCACCUGCCAGAAGAAAUACUUCAACGAAUCCGAGUUGAUGGCGACGGUGUCGGAGCAGCUGAGGAUGGAGCUGUUCAUAUACAGCGGCAAGAGAUUGCUGAAAAAAAACGAGUUCCUGAAAAAGCUAUCGGCCGCUCAGAAAGGCUACCUGAUGGCUCAAAUGAAGUCUGAAACCUACAGUAAAGAUGAAAUUGUAGCGGAGUACGGGAAUAAGCAUCUCUUGUACUUUAUUUCUUCCGGGUCUAUUUCGGCAUUGGGUGAAAAUAAAGUGCUUUUGUAUAAACUGCACGAUGGCGACGAAUUUGGACAACUUCCUACAUAUGCACCUUACGAGAAUGAAAUCGUGGAGUACAUAGUUAUGGAAACUUCAGAGAUUUUUUCGGUGAAUAAGAACGUGAUACUUCAUCUAUUAGAAGAAGAUCCGCACCUGAAGAAGUACUUUCAACGCUUAGUCGAAGUGCGAAGACAACUCGUUCAAGACUCUCUUAAACGUUGGACAAUUUUCGGGGAUUCAUUAUUGGGCAACAUAAAAAAGGGGAACAUUUUGGAGCGACGUUUGACAAGAGAAAUAGUUUUAGAAUAAUU